CUGCUGCUCACGACUACCUUGGUGCUGAGGGGGUCGGAGCUGCUUCCGCUCCUAGUGGGAAGCGUCGCAGCGGCAGGGGCGGCAGGGGUGGCAGGGGCGGUGGGGGUGGCGGUGGAGGUGGCGGUGGUGCAGGCGGCGGGGGAGGUGGAGGUGGUGGGGGUGGUCGUGGGGGUGGAGGCGGUGGAGGUGGUGGUGGGGGCGGGCGGAGGCACUGGGAGCGGUGGAGGGGGCAGCAGCGGCGGUGGGGGAGGAGGGAGCGGUGGUAG